GCAAGACCUUCCCUUUUCCCGCCGCCGCUGCUGCUUGCAAGCGACCGCCCUUGCAGAGCCACGCUUUUGUUUCUUAGCGUCGCCUCCCCCCCCCUUUAAUCGACUUCCUAACGACCGAGCAAAUAAGCGCUCCGCAUUGGGAAUGUGAGGACGCUGCAAGGCGCAGGAAGGCGGGUGCGCGAUCCACUCGCUGGACCACGCUCGCCGGUGCAUGCUUUUGCAACCUGCUGCACUUUGCAGCGACUUUCCCGUCCCGAGCUCUCCGGAGUUGCUCGCUGGAGUGUGUAGUAGUUGAGCGCAGGCCACGCCCCCCGAGCGUGGUGUCAGAGUGAAAGAGAGGCUCCGGUUGGUCGGCUGGGCGGACAACAUCUGCUCGACUCCUUCAUUCAAGUGACACCGGAGCUUUGAGGGAUAUUUGAGGCACCAUCCGUUCCCUUUCCUGGCCACUUCUCGCACUUGUACCAGCGCCGAUCGCACGCUCCGAGCGAGGCUUGGGAAAGAUCCGGGAUCUCUCGUCUUGAUCACCCCACGCUGCGCGCACACUUUUUUCCUUGCAAAGAAGUGUGUGUGAGAGAGAGGGCGAGCUCUCCUCCGGUCAGUGCUGUUGGCGUAGACGUCGGGGCCAUGCAUGCUGCAGAGUGGUUAGGGAAAUUCGUGACCCUGGCUUUGGUCUUUGCAAGCUUGGAUCCAGUGGUAGGCACGGAAGCCACCAACCCUCCGGAUGGUGCCCAAGAUAACAGAGCGCCUCAGCAAAAAGGGCGCCUGUCUUUGCAAAACACAGGUAUGUUGGGCUUCCUUUCCAAUAUCAUCAAACCGUAUUGGCAUGUGAGUCUAAACUCGGAAGGGGAGCAAACCGGCAUUUUAAGUUCGGGGAACUGGCUCUCUGCGUUCCUGUGCAGCGUGGAAGGCUCAAAAGAGGCACGCAUCGCAGGGAGGGAGCAGAAAUCGAUUUUUUUAGAAAAUAAAAAUGCUUCCUGUAGUUUGGAAGCGCACGUGCUUGUUCCCCUGUUGGAACUGCAGACCGCCGAGCUGUGCUGCUAUCUAAGUAAGGCAAAAGGAGCUCAUCGCAGACAGAAGACGGGGAGGACCAAAGUGAAAGUUAGACCAGGUAAUAAUUAUAAGCCGAGGAUAAUACGUGCUUGCUCGCUCUCUCACUCUCGCUUGCUCACUCCUUUUUUUUCCUUUUGCUAUAAAAAGAUUUUAAUGACUAGUCCUUUGCGUGUCUUUGCACGUUCCAUACUGGUCAGCUCUCUCCCAUCCUUUAAUUUUCAGCAAGAUUCCGGAGGCAAAAGUCUUAAAGGGGAGGCGGGUAGGAAAAACAGUAGGAAAAAACCGCCUUGCUGGUACAAAGGAUGCUUCCUGAGCGCAGGUUUAGGAGCCGAUUGAGAAAGAAAAAGAGCACUUGGAACGUGCAGACCUAAGUAGAACUGCUGAGUCUUUCUCUCUGUUUUUUUUCCCCUGCCGGGAGAGGCGUGCAGUGAUGCAAUUCACCACAGGGGGUUUCCUCUCCUUUUCCGUCUUCCCUCUUUUUUUGGGGGGGGGGGUUGCGCGUGAUCUUUUUAAUGCAUACUGGUCGCAUAAGUCACAAUGCAGUGCAGUUUCCUUGGAGGAAACCUGCCAGGCCUGAAUUGAAAGAAACAGAGGGAAGCAGCACACACACCCUCCAGUUCUCCCCAGGUUUAACUGUAGUGGAAUUUGCUGCUGCAAAGCUUUGAUUAAAACACACACAUGCAGGAAUGCCCAAGUGCCACAUGUGAAUCUUAUAGUUCUGUGCAAUUCUCAGCACACUGACUGAGGCCAGGUCGUGUGAUUGGAACCGCAUUUGCAUCCUACCCAACACAAGCACUACAGCUGGCCUCCUGGAACACCUACACACAGAGAGAGACACACACACACCCAAGCUGCAUACUUACACAAUGUUGGACAAAGAGCCCCUUUUCCCCAUCUGCUAUGCACAGCUUCUCCUGUGUCUAUAGAAUUCAAUACAGUGAGGCUUCCUUGAGAAGGAAAUAUAGGAGAUGUAGCUGCAAAAUCCUCCUCUGGGUCUUCUGGCCCUUUGUCCAAUCAGUGUUUUAAAAACGGAGGAAUUCCUACCUGCUUGUUAUUUAUUUUGCUUAACUAGGAUCCCUCUCUCUUAGCUUGGCUUCUGUGUGCCCUUUUAAGGAACGCCCAUUUUCUUUCAUGUAUGUAUUUUAAUUAUAUUUUUUAUAAACUGCUUCAUCAUUGGAGAAAACCUAGAAGUGGUGUAUGCAAUAUAAAACGAAAAUCAAAGGAUCUGUGCCUUGAGCUGCCAGGGUUAGAUGAGAAAGGCUGGAAAUAGCUUGCAGAGAGUGAUACAUAAAUGUGUACUAGGGCAAUGGCUAUCUAUAUGGCACUCAAAACCUUUCCCUUUUACUUAAAAUGUCACAGUGCUAUUUGACUUGAAUUUUUUACACUUCUCAGCAGCUGUGUCAGUACACACACACACAUUAACACACUAUCAAUAUUUGAAGUUUACUGGCAAUGUUUAAAAAAUCUGCACAAAUCAUGGAAGGAAAAGCUGGCUGGUUUUACUGUUGCAUGCACGCGUGUGAAUGUUGUCCUAUGGUAGCUGAAUUGUGUUUCGAUGGAACAUAUACUUGCCCCACUUAACACAGUGGUACAGUACAGUAUUUACUUCCAAGUAAACGUGUGCACAGCUGAAUUGCAAAUGUGUGAUGAAUAUUGGGGGAUGGUAAAUUGCAGUGCAGCAAAAGCUUGUAGCAAAAAGACUCUUUCUUCCUGUAGCUAUAUUAGGAGUUUUGUAAUUGACUUCAGUAAUCUGGGGGAGAUGGGUCCAACCGUAAACCAAUCAUCAAGGCACUUGUUCAGAUUAGAAAAUCUUGACAAUUCACUUUCUCAGUAUCUUCAGGUACAAGAAUCUUGGAAACCUUGUUGCGAAUAUUGCUUUAAGAGCACUUUGGAUCAGAUUUGCCACAUGAGACAAUGGCUCUGAGUGGAAUAGGAACACCAAACACUGACUUUGCAUUUCUGUAACUAAAUGCUUGUCUCUUAAUUUCUGUGGAAGGCAAGGACAGUUAAUGUGUGUCUUGUGCACUUUCUCCCCUUUUUCUUGAAAUGAUGAUGCUGUUAGCAAAACAAAACCUCCACCGUCUAGUGUAUUUUCCAGUUUUAAACAUGCAUUGUGAUGGAUGUUCAUUUUCAGCUGAAAUCCAGCACUGUCUGGUCAAUGCUGGUGAUGUGGGGUGCAGUGUAUUUGAGUGCUUUGAAAACAACUCCUGUGAGAUCCGAGGCUUACAUGAGAUCUGCAUGACGUUCCUCCACAAUGCUGGAAAAUUUGAUGCUCAGGUAAGCAUAAAUGCUGCAGAAAUAAACAGCGCAGAGUUUUGUUAGAUUUUGUUUUGUUGUGUUUUCUCAUCACAUUUUCUGCUUCAGCAAAAAUGAACAAGUCUGAAACACCUUUGGAAUAGGGGAUGUUCAUAACACAGAAGGUUCAUUCAUAAAGUCUCUUAUCAAACUUACAUCUUGCAUUCACACACACACUUGCCACUCCUUCUUAGUAGCCCAAUAUAUGUACUGCAAGUCCACUUCAAGUCCCACCAGCUGAAGAAAAACGCCAUAUGGAGAUUCCACAGCAUGCUAGGUGAAACAGUAUGGGGGCACUUGUUUGAAAAGACAGCUUUUCACAGAAAAGACUGUGCAGUGGCUCAGAAGUCAACUUCAUUUAAUGCAAUGGGUGUGUAUUCCCAAACCCACUUGCUUAGGAGUAGACCUCAUUGAACUCAGUGGCACUUCACUCAGAUGUUAACUUGCUCUGUAAUGUUCUUGACUUGCGGUUCUAGGACCCUAGCAUCCUUCAACAUACUUCCAUUACCAAUUGCUUGCUGAGCCCAGGAACCAAAGACUGCACUGAUACGCCCAUAUAGAAUAACAUUUCCCAUUGACGAAAAGUUAAGCCACUUUUUUUAAAGGGGUUGUCCCUCAAAUAGUGGAGAUUGUUAUGGCACAGCAUCUAAAUAUUAUUCUAGCUUCAUGCAUAGCGCUUCCUUACACACAGAAUUUAUUUUAAUCGCAACCUGGAUCUGCAACCUCGCAAUUCUAAGAAUGGCUAGUGAACAGCCCUAGUUCAAAACAGUUUGGCACUUGAGGCAAGCAGAACCUCCUGCAGAGUCAAUAAAUAAGUCCAUUUGUUAUUCUUUUAGUGCCUGGGUUCCCAACAUGGCAACCAUGGGACCUUGUUUUUUAAACUGAGUGGGGAGUUGGCUUGUUCCAUUGCCUUUUUUUUUCCAGGGGGUGCCUGCUUUUUUGUCCUACGGUUUAUUCGUUUGGGGAUGUCUGCAGCUGCUUUGCCUGGGUUUGGGACCUUUUCUCUCCAAACCAUUUGUACAUCAUUGAAGCAUCCUGUUAUUAUGUCUUGUACAGCUGCUCUCCAAUUUCAGUGAAAGAGGGAAGGAGCACAUUACGAUGGGUCAGUGGCAUUUGGCUUGACUAGGCAGUUUACAGAACACACACACAUAUAUUUAUGUGUAAAGAUUUCAACCCCUAGCUAGCGGCUCUUAGCGUGGGUAGGGAGGAGAGCUGCCUUGCAGACAAAGGUGUUCUGUGCAGCUCAGCUACAAGGCUACUCCUCACUUUGGACUUGAAAACAAAUCUUCCUAGUAAUGUUUAAGCUGCUUCUUCAGACAUGUAAGGAUGUCUGCUUCCUUUCAAAUGAAUAGGAAUCAUAUCACCCAUUCCCUAAUAUUGAGACACCUUUGAAAACCUUUCCCUUGAUUUUUUUUUUAAGAAUGGAAAGCGAAAUGUUCAUUUUAUAUUACAAUACUUGACACAUUUUGUACAAUAGGAUUCCCAUUAUGGUCCAUUGCCAUAAUUCUCCACAUAAUUCUCCACAUUUUCCAGCCCCCUUGAUGCCCAUGCAGGUUGAAUUAGAUUAUGUUGAAUUUCUUCAAGUAUUGAAACUUCUUCUAGGUAUAGCUUUAGCAAUUACAAAAUGAAAAUAAUAUAUGGAAUAUUGGUGCAUUACUCAGCAAAGAGCAUUCCCCCCCCUUCAAAUGCCCUCUCAUCGUUUUAAUGGGGGGGCAUUGUUCUGUGAUGAAGAAAAUGCCAAACCAAAGGAACUUGCGUUCUCACGCUCAACUGCUAUGAUUGGUACUGUAAAAUUUGAGUCAAAUUUUUAAAAGAGUGUUUGCCCUAUAUGGUGUGCAGAACAUGAAAUGCUCAUCAGCUCGGAUGACCUGAAACGUUGAGGAAUGGGAAGAAUGUAGGAGGAUUGCCAGCUACCUGUCAUUCACCAAGGAGAAGAAUUGCUGACCAAUUAUCCAAAGAAUUGUAACACCAUUGAAGCAUGACUGGACUUCGAACCUAAUGGCAGAAAAAGAGGGCAGAAUAAGGAUAAGGGAUCAUAUAGUAUGAGGCAUUUUUUAUCUUCAAAAUCUAACCCUUCUUACUAGGCCUUUUUGGAAGUUUCAGAGUGGAAGGUGUGCCCUCCAACUUCUACUAAUGCCAUAAUGCUAUUGUGACAUGCUGAAUGCUGCAUUUUUUCACGCUAACAGAAGGUCUUUUUUGACUGACACGUAUAGGCAGGGUGAAGGACGAAGGGCCUUUUGUUAAAGUAUAUAAUAGAUAAUGACAGGUUGUGACUGCAGUCCUACAGAUACUUAACUGUGAAUAAAUCCCACUGGUUUCAAGGGACUUAGUUCUGAGUAGACAUGCAUAGGUGGCACUGUAAGGCCGCAGUUCUUUUGUAUACCUACUUGAGAGUAAGCACUACUGAAGUCAAGUAAACACACAGGACUAUGCUAGAGAAGCUGUGUCUCUGAAAACUAAAACGACACAUUGACCUUUGCUGCGGGGAAGGGCAGAGGGUUGUGUAGGGUGUUGCAUCUCCAUGCCCUUGCAACUAGAAAACAUUGCUUAGCCACACUUGGCCUUUUCCAACUAUUGCCACAUACGUUUAGUUCCAUCUCUCAGGCACCGAUUUAUAAAUAAUAAACUAAAUAUGCUUGGGUUAUGGGAUUCUUCCCCCAUAACACCCUUCUGCUCUAGCGUAUUGUGAUCUCAGAAUAUUCAUAGGCCUAUUUAUAAAAAUGUAACACAACUUUUUAUAGGAAAGGCCUUAUAUCAUUAGGGUUUUUUUGUAUGUGAUUAAUGAUCUGUGACGUGUAACUCUCUGAAGGCUUCCCGGAGAGGAGGUGGCAACUCAGCUGUAAGUCGAGCUUCAUGGAGAUGCAGACUUGGUGUGCUUUUUUGUGUGUCUUUCUUCAGGGAAAAUCCUUCAUUAAAGAUGCUCUGCGGUGCAAGGCUCACGCCUUACGACACAAGUUCAGCUGCAUCAGCCGCAAGUGCCCUGCCAUCAAGGAGAUGGUGUUACAGCUGCAGCGAGAAUGCUACCAGAAGCACGACCUCUGCUCGGCAGCCAAGGAGAACGUCCAGGUCAUUGUGGAGAUGAUUCACUUCAAAGACCUGCUGCAGCACGAGUAAGUCAGAGCUUGGCUACUGCAGUGGGAGGUGGCAGGGGAGCUCAGAUGGGGAGCCCGCUCUGUGUUAUCACCAGUUGCUCCAGGGACGCUCCAGUCGUGAUAAGCCUGCUGUUGUGCGUCCUCACGGAAUUGCACAGACCCUAAUUUUACUGAUCUGGGAGUGUAGGGACAGCCAGGGGGAAAAGAAAUGCCUCGGGGGCCAUUUCCAAACCACUGGUAGGCUUUGGUGAUGCAACUGAGCCUUGAAAAAGAGGGCAACGAACAGGUACAUUAGGAUAGCACACUACUGGGUGCCUGAGGGCUUAUCCACACUUAAUUCCUCUACAGUUUCAAGGCACAGACUGCUCUUUAAAGCUCCAUGUCUGAGCUCAUUUUUUUCCCUCCAGAGUUUUCCCCAUAAAAACCCGCUCUUUAAAGCUCAAACACAGCAAACAGCAAUCCAUGGGAAACCCGAAUGGACGUUUGCUCCAAUUGAAUGCUAAAGAGCAGGUUUUUGCUUGGGGAAAGCCUGGGGCAGAAAUGAAACAGCGCUCAGUUAUGGAGCGUUAAAGGUUAAUGUGGAUAAACCCUUAGUCAACAGAAAGAAAUCAAUGUCAUUGCAAAAGGAUUUCCUACUGUCUUGCUAGGCUGCCACUCCCAGAUUUAUCCCUUGUAUCUUCUUGGAUGUACUUGGGGACUGAUUUAUACAUUGCAUUUGAACUAGGUACACUAAAUUUAGUGUGUUCUGGUUUUUUUCUUCAGCUGCCCUCUUGAUAUUUUGGACAACUGUCAUCAGCUCCAGCUGGCACAGCCAAUGGUUGGGGAUGAUGGAAGUUGUCCCAAGCAUCUGGAGGGGUUGGGUGCGGCUGUUCUGUUGUAAUAUAUGGGCUGUGGUUCCUUAACCAUCUACAGAACGUCUGUGCGACCUCAGAUGUAUUUAUUAUUUCAUAAAAUGUAUAUACCACCUGAUUUGGGGGGGGAAUCAAAGCAGUUUACAAAGGGAAGCUUCUUGACUCUGUUCAGUUGCACUUAGGGGUUUUCCCUUAAGUGCCCAAGAUCAGAAACAUACUUCUUGAGAACUAUCCCAAAAGACAUCCUGUGAAUGCUUCUGUCACAGAUUUUAUUCUGGGGUAUAGCAUCUGUGGUGUAAUUGUUGUUGGAUGUUUGUUUGUUUGUUUGUUUGUUUUUGUAAACAUGACUCUGAUUACUCUGGAUCUCUCUACCGUAUUUCUAAACACCUUCUUCACACAGGUAUAAAAGUGUGGAAAGAUGGCAGGUGGUCCAAUUACCUCACAUGUACUGUAUGGACCACAGCCUGGAAAACCAGUUUGGAACAGGGAAGGAAUGUGUGGAUAUUAUUAAUGGCAUGCUCAGUCUUUUAAUUGAAAUCAAGGGUUGUAUCUUCAAAAAAUUAUAUACGUUGCUUCUUAAAUUAAAAGAUGAAAGGGAGUGGUGGUGCUGGCAUGCAAAAAGAACCCUAAUUAGAUUUGUCCCAAUACUUCUUGUUGGUGCAUUGUAUCCUCACAUAACUGGCUUAUAUAUUAUAAGGGGAAAUGUCAGGCUUUACAAACACACAAAUCCUCAGAACAUACUCUGACUUUACACAUGCAAAAUCCUAGUGAGGCCAAUUUUUGGUGAAUGGUUGGCAAAGACCGUACUGUUAAUAUCUAACUUGCCAAAAUAUAGGUACAAAUGCUCCACUUACUUCUUGUUUCUCUUAAAAGCUCAUUUCCCCCGCUUCAAGAAUGGCAACAAAGGGACUCCUAAAACCUGUCUUAGGUUGAAUAUAUCAGUGUUAGUUCAACUUCUUAUUCGGAUCAGGAUAUGCUUUUAAAAAGAAUGCAGCUUUGACAGCUGUUUGUCUCUAAAAUGUGGAAGCAUUUGUUACUCAGUGUAGCAAUCAACAGUUACUGUUGAUUCACUAUGAAGGAACAGCUCUCCCCAAAAUCCUGCUUUUAAUCCUUCUGGGAUUCUGUACAGGAUUGAGACCUUUGUAGUGUUCAGGAAUGGAGCUGUUGUGGAAGUAGUAUAGUCCAGUGAAAAUAAACUUGAACUUUUAGAAGUAAAGAGAAAAGAAAUGAUUGUUUUUCAAACUAUAUUCUUCCUUUUUUUAAGAGAACCACCAGCGUAGUGGUUAAGAGCGGUAGACUCGUAAUCUGGUGAACCGGGUUCGUGUCUCCGCUCCUCCACAUGCAGCUGCUGGGCUAGUCACACUUCUCUGAAGUCUCUCAGCCCCACUCACCUCACAGAGUGUUUGUUGUGGGGGAGGAAGGGAAAGGAGAAUGUUAGCCGCUUUGAGACUCCUUAGGGUAGUGAUAAAGCGGGAUAUCAAAUCCAAACUCCUCUUCUUCUUCUUCAGCCUAGCAUAAGACACCAUAUACUGAACAUUGUGAUGUACAGCUUGAUGCAAAAUGGUGGGCCUUUUUCUCCCCAAUUGUUAUUGGAAAUGGCUGAAAAGUAUCAACUCCCUUAAUAUCUUCACUCCCAUGGAAUCAAACGCCAACCUCCUCAAAUUUUUUAUUUUUGUGAAUAAAAAUUUCAAACGUUGAAUAGUCAAACAUUUCAUAGGUUCUUUUGUGUCAAUUGUCAGCACCACAAUCAUGAGAAACACCUUUGAUAUUUCUAAACUAAUCUUGUAAAUUUUCUUUGCUAUGUAAUCAUUAGCACACCUUGAUGUUAACAGUCACAAUAUUGUGGUCUACAGCCAGGUUGUUUGGGCACCAGAUAAGAUCAUGCAUGACACCCCAUGCCAGCAAUAGCCAAAGGAGGUACAAAUGGAUAAAGAACUGAGUGGCUGCACCCUGUGGCAAAGUUUGUAAGGUUCCAUCCUACCCUUCUUCCCAAAGGAGGCCAGGGCCGCAGUGCUUAUUCCAUAUGAGUAUAUGACUGCAGCCUAAAUGGUUGUUAAGGAUGAGGACUGGGAGCUUUUUUAAUGAACGAGUUCUCAAAGAAAGCUCAGAAUCCAAAUCUAAAUUGUACAUUCUGAAAUAAUCAUAUAGAUAUUUGAGUAUGAAAGGAGGUAGCUAAUCAGUAAAAACAAGAACAACGUGACUGGUUGCCACAACUUAAAACAAAAAAGAAAAUUCCUUGUGAUCCUCAAAUCGAAUAUUAUGGCUUGUCUGUAUGACAGAUGUGGAAUGCAUCUAAGCUCAUUAGAAACUAAAAGUCUUCUGCUAUGAAUAAAUCAGUAUGAUAUUAUGUUACAGAAGUUAAAAAAAUACUGUUGACAAAAAUGCCAGUGGUGUUUAGAUGAUCAAGUAAUACAGUAUAUCCAUUUUUGGUGGAGGUUAUAAUAAUAUUGGAGACAAGGGAGCAACCACAAACGUACAUACACAUUCCCAUAACACAAAUGGUAAAGGAAAAGCACUGUUUGUUUGCCAACUGGGUUUAAUACCAGCUGUCAUACUUGAAAAUAACAGCUAGGGGGAAACACUCUUACUUCUCUGCCCCUGAAGGUAUUUUGUCAAGACUAUAGGCUUGCCUCUCAGAUUUGAUCUAAGCAUAUCCAUAGGAAACAUCUGCUGUGGUUUCUAACAACUUAACAGUCAUUAGCUUUAAUAGUCAAAGCACUAUGUUCCACAUUGAAUUAUUCCACUCCAUAAUGCAUAGUACAGUUUAUCCCAGCCUUAACCACUCCUCUGAUUGCCAUUGGCAACUACGAAUUUUACCCAGACUAGUGAGGAGGCUGACGAAGAAGAGAUUUAGUGUUCUGUCCAUCCUUCAGUGGUCUCUCAUGAGUAAAAAGUAGGUGUGUUCAUUGAAAGGGGGAGACAGUAGUCAUGUUCAUUAAUUUCAAUGGGAUAAGCAUUUCCCACAAUCCCUUAUUCUGAUAUUGCAGUGGAUAUUUCCCUCUUCUACCAGAAUCAGCCAAUUACGUAGAAUGGGGGCAGGCUGUGUUCCAUCACUGUAAUGACCCAGAGGAGAUGGUGGGUGUUGCCCCUCAUCAAUCUCUUUGAAGGAGUUUGAACCAGGCACCGGCCAUUUUGUGGAAGAAGUCACUUCACAAGAAGUCUCCAGCUUCUCAGAGAUGAAAUAAUGUGUAACAGACACUGGAGCUGCCUGGCAACAAUACGAUAAACGGAUAUGGUUCUCCUAACACAGGAGCCCUUUCUGAAGCCACACAUGCUUGCCCCACUAUUACACCUGACACAAGCCCACCACUGUCUCAAGGGAAGAUCUGAAUGCAUGAAGCCUGUUGAAUUUGUACCUCUAUGGAUUCCAGUUAAUGGUGGCUGCCUACUCAUAUUUAGGUAGACUUACCACCACACAUUCACACUUAACACCAUCCCCCAACACAUUGAUGGUAUUGGGACAGGGGCUGGCACAGGGUGAGCAUCUCUCCCCACUCUGUCUCUCCAUGUGAUCUCAAUUUCAGGGGGAGAAGCCUCUGAAGAGGGCUAAUAUGGCUCCAAUAACUGGUGCAAUUCUCAUAAUAUUGGGGGGGGGGACUGGUUGCUGUACCAUUUCCAACAACCAGAACCCACCCAAAUUCCACUGGGAGCACUGCUCUGGCAAUAGAAGAUUUCUCUCCAGGAAGGCUCGUCUAAUAUUUUCCGAACCACUAUCUUAUCACCUCUCUGCGCCAAGGUGAACGCCUUUUGAUCUGCCCAAGUCUUUUUCUUUGUGAUUUACACUGAGGGUUUGUUGUUGCUGUAAUUUUGUUUGUUUUAAACCUGACUUCUAUUGUUAAUCUUGUUUUAAAAAACUUUUUAGAAACUGUUCUGAAAGUCCUGGGACUGAAGAACAGGGUGGUAGGAAACCGCAAUUCAAUGUGGGGCUGCUGAGCUGCCUUUGUCUUUUGGGUUCAGGCCUGAAAUAUAUUGAUUAUUUUCUUCUGAUUAUUUCUUCUGAUUAUUAUUUUUUUCCCCUAGGCCGUAUGUUGAUUUAGUGAACACCUUGCUCACUUGUGGAGAGGAGGUUAGAGAGGCCAUCACUCGGAGCGUCCAGGCCCAGUGUGAACAGAGCUGGGGCAGCCUGUGUUCUAUCCUGAGUUUCUGUACCUCCGUCCCACAUGGAGAUUUCACCCUUGAACCAGAGAAGAAGCCAAAUGAAGUCCCCAGAUCCUCUAUUAGUCAAGGGGACAUUAUAGUCCACCCUGAACCCGACGCCAGAGAGAGCUCCCGAAACACCAGAGGGGAGAGAGGUAGCAGGCUUCCUGGGAAUGCCCAGACCCGCACUAAAGCUGGGAGCCACAGUCCCAAAGCGGCUCACGGGAUUGUCGAACAGGCAGAGGAACUGUCUGACUUCUCUGACAUCCGGAGGUGAAAGGAGGAUGUAGCUCUUCUUUCCCCCUGCACCAGAACCUUCCUCCAUUGAGUUCAUCUUCUUAUCUAGGGGCAUUCCAAAAUAUGUACAAUAUAGAGGGGUGGUGUCAGGCAUAGGGCAUUGUGGGAUAUGUGGCAGUGACAGUGUAUGUAUUAUAAGUAACAGAGGAAAAGCAACAGCUAUUGGUUAUUGAUUGUAUCCAGCAAAUUCAAUGUGUAGGUGCAACAAAAUGUAUUCAUGUAAAUCCUUUCAUCUCUUCAAAAAAAGAGGGGAAACGGGAGAUUUUAGAUGCAGGUUUGGGGUGGUGGUUAAGGGAUUUGCCCACAUUUUAAUUGGUGAACAUGUAGACCAGGUUCAACAUUGAGUCUCAAGGCAGAAAAUAAUCUCUAGUCUCCACUCUGUUAGAGGCAAUGAGGGCUCCAGAUCAGCUGCAGAGGAACUCAGAUACAGAGCUCUGCAUAGGGGACCUUGGAAUUGCAAACUAAAUUGUCUGUCUGAGCCAUUGAUCCUGUCUAAGUGACACCACCUGCCUUAAGUGUCCCUUGCAUUGGUUUGGGUGGCUCUUAGCUGACCUCUUCUGCUUUUUGUUCCAGUUUCCUUAGGAAAUAGGCUGAUAAGGGAAUCAGUUUCUGGACAAGGACAUUUUCAACCAACUCAAAAUCAUGCCAAUUUCUUUUUUCUUUUCCCCCCAAAACAUCAUAAAAGAAUCCACCUGGCUUCUGACUGCAGUGGGUUUCCCAAAUACCGGUAACUCGCAUCUUAUGAUUAUUUCACUUGCACGAGCCUGGCUGAGGGAAAAUAAAUAAAGAAAUGGAGAGCAGGGGAAACCCAUUCUCCUUUUAUUUAUUUAUUUGUUUAUUUACGCACAAACACACUGAGCAAAGCUGCGAUCACAGACUUACCUGGCUUUGGGAAGCAUCCCAGAGCCCUCGCUGUGUCUGCAAACUUCCUUAAGCUGGGCAGGCAGACACCUGGCUUUGGGAAGGAGGCGUGAGGCAUAAGGGCUCUGGCAGGGUCCUAGAGCCCUCCUUCAUCUGUAAAGCUGGGCAAGUGCUUACUAGGCUUCGGGAAGGAGGAGUGAGGACUCUAGGACCCUGUCAGAGCCCUCAUGCCUCCUUCGCAAAGGCAGGCAAGCCUUCAGAGAGCUCUACGGAUGUGUGCUUUGAGAAGGUGGAAGGGCUUUGGGACACUGCCAGAGUCCUCACACCUCCUCCCCAAAGCAGAUACGUAACCCUCCACCCGGGGGGGGGGGCGUUUCCAGGGGUUCACCCUACAACCGCUGAAACCCAGCCCUCGUGUGAGAUGCGAGUUUCCUGUACAGCGUAUAUAUGGUGGGCUACAACUUGCUUAGACACGAAGCUCUUUUUUGGGGGGAGGUUGGAAGAAAAGUUCUUCUCUCCCUGAAAGCAGGACCACAAUGUUUGCUGAGCUAUAGAAAUCCUGUGCUCUAAGGUUGACUCUGUGUGUGUGUGUGUGUGUGUGUGUGUGUGUGUGUGUCUUGCCAAAGAAAUGGUGAUGUAGAAUAAGCGCAACCCAGCACCGUGCAAUGAUUUAAUCAGGAUAACUACAGGAAGCUUAACUCGUCUUGACACCUCAGCCCCAGCCACAUUUUCUUGGAAGUAACUUCCCAUAUAUUUCAGUGGAACUUGCUUCUCCUAAGUGCGUUUUGGGCUACAAUCUCUGUUAUUAUCCAGAGUUAAUAUGCUUUAUUCCAUCUUUACUUCUAAAUAAAUCUCUCUCUAUCGUUAACUAAGAUCACUCAGGACACUACAUUGCAUGGGAGGGACUGCAGUAGUCCUUAAAUCGAUGAAGCAGGUUUUGGUCAGAGACGGUAAUACUACAUUAAUAGCUCCUGUGGCUUCAGAACGCUUUGGCGACAGUUCCCUCAGCGGAAAGGCAGUAUCAGAACGAAAUCCCAGUGUAGUGGCUUCUUCUGCACACCGACCUCCUAGGUGCAGGGACUUCCCCAGUCAUGGCCAUGUGCAUUCAUGCACAUUGCAUAUGCAAAGCUAGCCCUGGCUGUAGGACUUCGCCUCACUCGGACCAGGAACAACAUAGUAUAAGCCUUUCCUCCCUUGAGGAACAAUAGAAUUGUUCAUGCAGCCAGGGAAUUUUAUUUACACUAUUUCAAACAAGGGCAACUUUUGUGAUUGUGUCAAGCAGUGAAUCCAGGUCCCACUGAAGCAACAAUAUAGAUGAGGUCCCCUUGUUGAUGUAAAAUUGUUUGAAAUGAUCACCAUACCAUCAGCUUACAUAGGUACAACCCCAACAAAUCAAGCCCCUAUAUUUUCAUGUCACUAAUUGAAUCUUCUGGAAGUCAGAUUUACUUAUGGGAACCAAAACACAGAGACACCACUGAAUGUCUGUCAACCGAUCACCUCAGCAUGCAUAUAAUUUAUCUUCAUUCAGUAAAUAUAUGUUCCCCUUAUAGCUUACACAAAGGAAAUUCAGGUGUUUUUUGAGGAGGUGGAUAUAAUACCUUUCCCCCCCUCUGUGUAUGAAAAUUGGAUGUAUGUGUUCACCUACUGAUUCCACAUUUUCUUUUAUUGUAAAUAUUUAACGUUUCUAUUUAUUAUAGUUUCUCCAUUUAAAAAUAAUAAUAAAUCUGAGCACUGCUGGCUAAGGUAAUUUAAAUAUAUUUCAGGACCUGUGUUGUAUAUAUUAAUGCCACUAGUAGAUUUUUGUUAUUGUUUAAAGCAAGGGAAAUAUAAUUUUAUACACUCCAUAAUGUUAUUGACAGCAUAAAUCACUUAUUUAUUGUUAACUUUCAUUUCUAAGAGAUAACAAGUGCAUUUAACCUGAUAGUUUUGUCAAGACAUCUGUAUAGCCUUACUUCUUGAAAAUAAACAAAUUAUCAGCUGUCCGCUCAAGGAGCCAAUAAUAUUUUAACCCGCAUAACUUGUGACAACAACAAAAAGUUCUUUUAAAAUUAUGGACACAGCGCAAUUAAUGUUAAGCAGUUCUGCUGUAUACUUCUGUGCCUGUUUACUCAGAAGUAAAUCACAGGGAUUGGCCACAGUUCUGCUUGUCCUAACACUUUCCCCCAGAAAAACCCUGAAUUAGAGCAAUUCAGAAAAACCCUGAAUUAGAGAAUUGCUGAAUUAGAGCAAACGUCAAUGGGGUUUUUUGUGGAUUGACAUUUGCUCAGAUUCAGCAGUAAGGAGCAGGUUUUCCCGGGGAAAGCGGCGGGGCAAAUGUAAAAGCAGAAGGGUGGGUGAGUCCUCAGCGCAUUCAACAAGACUUGCAUCCAGGAAAAUGGACAUUGGAUUGCAGCCUUUAUAAUCUUGCUGGGUUGUAUCCAAUGUUGGUCAUAUACAGCGAGGACCCAUUGAAACUAAUGGACUUAACUAACUUGAAUUCAUUAAUUUCAGUGUUUCUACUCUGAGUUGGGCGUAGUUGGCUACAACUCAUGGAGCUCAGUCAUUAAGUGAAUACAUUUCAGCCUUUGAAAGCAGAACUGAAAAGUGCUUAACUGGCUGAAUCAUGCCAGACUGGUGGAAAACGUCCAUUACUACUGCUUUACAGUUUCCAUUCAUUUCAGUACAGAGCUACUAUCCCUUCAAACAGGUUUGACAAAUCCACUUAGCACAACGCGGAGAUCCCUCCCGCUAAUCUGGAGAGCAGAAUCAAUGCGACCCUCCCAUUAACUCCAGAGUAGAUGCAAGGCUGCCUCAUAUGCUGGGCUCUGGAGCAAGCCAAAGUAAUUUACACUUCUGUCUGCCUAAAGCUCCUGUACAAUGAGAAACUGUUAAAAGAUGCAUAUCUGAACCCACAUAUGUGUCCACCACAUGUAUCGAUCCAAUGCGCACUUUUGAGAGGAAUGGAACCUUUUGCGUGGAGUCAGUACGUGCAUCCAUUUAAAAUGUGUGUAAACCUUUAAACCUUAUGCCUAAUAAAGAACUUGCCACACCAGGAA